CAUCAGUCGAAGCUGUCCGAGUCAGUGAGAGCGAGGCGUCGCUGGAUCCACCUGGGCUCACCACGUCUCCAGAUUCCAGAUCACCCGCCCGCGCGUGGCUGGAUGGAGCUCCAAGAUUAACCGAGCUGAGCCGCGAUGUGUGGAGAUUGGAUGGUUGGCUUCUUCUCGGUUUGUUCGUUCCUUGUGGUCGAGAGUGAGUGAGGUGGAGGAGAGAGAGGAGGAGGAGGAGGAGGGGAUUCAUUCACGUGGCUUCCGGAGAGAGCAGGAGUCAACGUGCGGCUUGACUCUGGAGAUCUCUCUCUGUCGUCUCGCCUCGCCCAAAUCAGAAGCGAAUGAUGGAGGCGUCGAGGUCGUGAGAGGGAGAGGAAUCGACGGAGAGAGGGAGGCGGCGGCGGCGGCAGGAAGGUUGGAGAAGGAGAGGCAGUGGAGAAGUCAAGAACAAGAACCCAAUCACCGGUGAGAUUGGAAACGCCUCAUCACUGCAGCAAUGCCAUCAUCAACCAUGGCCGUCGACACCACUGCUUCGGAGUACUGGCUCAAUUGGAGGUUCAUGCUCUGCGCGGUCUGGGUCUACUCCUGCAUGGUCCUGGCAUGCUUCUUGAUCUGGAAGUACGAGGGGCCGAGCUCACAGGACGGCAAUGGCGAUGGCGGCGAGGACAGUGAGGAUGCGCGGCCGCCCCGGGCCGCAUCCGGGGUUGUGUACCUUGAAGAUUGCUGGAAACCAUGCCUUGAGCAGAUCCACCCUGGCUGGCUGCUGGCGUUCCGCGUCGUGUCUUUCUUCAUUUUAGCCUCCCUGCUUGCGGUUGAUGUCGUCGUCGAUGGAUGGAGUGUCUUCCUAUACUACACUCAGUGGACCUUCUUGCUAGUCACCUUAUAUUUUGGGCUUGGUUCGGUGCUUUCAAUUUAUGGAUGCUAUCAGUAUUCAUACAAGAAUGGCGACAAUAGAUCUGGUGCAGAUCAUGGCACAUAUAUCAUUGCUCCAGCUGGGGAAAGUGUAUAUGAUCAGUCAAUAAAAAAUCCUUGUUACAGUAAAAUGCAUGGUGGCAAAGAAAUUGCAGGAUUUUGGGGUUAUCUGUUCCAGAUCAUGUUUCAGACAAAUGCAGGUGCUGUGAUGAUUACAGAUCUGGUGUUUUGGUUUAUCCUGUACCCUUUCCUUGCCUACAAUCAAUAUGAUAUGAAUUUUUUGCUGAUUGGGACACACUCUAUAAAUGUUGUGUUCAUGAUUGGUGAUACUGCUAUGAAUAGCCUGCGUUUCCCGUGGUUUAGAAUCGCAUAUUUCUUGCUGUGGACUGGCGCUUUUGUUAAUGUUCAGUGGCUCAUCCAUGCUAGCAUAUCGAUUUGGUGGCCUUACCCAUUUCUGGACUUAGCAUUUCCUAAAGCUCCUGUAUGGUAUUUGGUGGUAGCAGUGAUGCAUUUCCCUUGCUAUGCUUUAUUCGCCCUGGUUAUGAGGCUAAAACAAUCUCUGCUGGAAAGAUGGUUUCCUCAGAGUUACACCUGCGUGUAGCAAACAAGAACAUAUAUAGUGUUACAAUUUCCCUCCUGCUGCAUCCUGCAAAUGCAAAUUAUAUGGAGCUGCUGCUCACCGUAAAUUCCUAGAAACCAUAUUGUUCAGGGUUAGAUGAUAUUUCGUAAAUUUUUUUCAGACAGCAGCUUCUUUGAGUCAGCUGUUGUCUCCUGCUCUUUUCAAUGGAGAAAACUGUACAGUCCAAUAUAAUAAUAUAUGGCAUUCUCAACCA